GGGUCACCAGGCAUCAAGUCAUUUGGCUCGUCAGCGAGCACCGCGUCAUCUGGCAAGGCAGUGGGCUCCGAGUCAACAGGCACGACAGUGGGCACCGGGUCAUCAGGUACCGGAUUGUCUGGCUCGACAGCGGGCAUCGGGUCACCAGGUAUGACAGCGGGCACUGGGUCACCAGGCAUCAGGUCAUUUGGCUCGACAGCGGGCAGCGCGUCAUCUGGCAAGGCAGUGGGCUCCGAGUCAACUGGUAUGACCGCGGGCACUGGGUCAGACAUUGGAUCGUCUGACAGGACAGCGGGCCUCGGGUCACCAGGCAUCAGGUCAUUUGGCUCGACAGCGGGCACCGCGUCAUCUGGCAAGGCAGUGGGCUCCGAGUCAACAGGCACGACAGUGGGCACCGGGUCACCAGGCAUUGGAUCGUCUGGCUCGACAGCGGGCAUCGGGUCACCAGGUACGACAGCGGGCUCUGAGUCAAUUGGCACGAUAGCGGGCACCGGAUCAGGUACCGGAUCAUCUGGAUCAACAGCGGGCAUCGAGUCAACUGGCCUAAUAGGAUCGUCAGGCUGGAUCAGUUCAUCAUGCUGGAGAGGCAUCAGGCUGCGUACAGGCAUCAGGCUGAGUACAGGCAUCAGGCUGAGUAGAGGCAUCAGGCUGAGUAGAGGC